AUGACUCCCAAGCGCAGCAGCAAGCGAACCCCUUCACCAACCGCCGAGGAUGGCGUAAUGAAAGGUCGCUCGCUCUUCUCUUCUGAAGAUAAUCCCAAUCCCACGAACACCAAGAGCCAACGCAAGCAACCCCCUCCUUCCAAAACCGCCGAGGAUGGCGCAGUGCAAGGACGGCCGCUCGUUGCCUACACCAAGAAACUCAAGGUGUCAAAGUUUCACAGGCUCUACAAGAAGGCUUGGAGGCAGGAGGUUUUUGGGAAUCAAGCAUUCAUCACCUGGUCCGCUCGCACCGCGGAUCACUCUGGUCGGGCAAUAUCCAAAUGCCCCGGAUGGUGGGCGGAAGCCAGUACGGACCAAGCCGAUGCUCAUUCUUACGACGAAAUCGCUGCGUUAAUCCUGUCUGGCUUGAAGGCAUACGACCCAUCACUCGGUGGUUCAAUGCCCCAGCUUUGGUCCAGCAUGCAGAAUCUGUUUUCACUUGGAGACCUCAAAGACGCAGACGACGACAAAGGUUCCUGGUCUCUUUGCGAGUACUUUCUUUGUCUUGCGACACAGUGCCCCACGGUUGUGUUCAGUUUUGCCACGGCCCAACGCGUUAUCACUACGGACGACAAGUCGCCUCGCUUUUGGGAAUUUUCGCUCGUGUUCGACCUGACAUUAAUUGUUCAACGCGCCGAGCCGUUGACGUGGAUGUGGCUAGCGGCAGCCAAAUUCUUUGCCCAUCCUUGGACAGGCCCGGCUAUCAUUCCUCCCAUUGUGGAGGAAUUCGAGCGACUAGAACGAGAGUUGAAAAUAGCCAAAGCUCAGUCCAAGUCUAAGAAGCGCCCUGCAUCGACUCCAGAGAAUCCAAAAGGUGCCAAGGCACACGAUUCGCGCCCGUCUCCCUCUGUCCAGAUGCAAACGGAACUGACGCCACCAAAGGGUCGGUCCAAUCUUUACCAACGAACUCCUCCUUUGGAUGCCACUCCUCCUCGCCAACAGGUGGUCAUGUCUGACGCCGUUCAGGUCAUUGCCGGCACCCCAACUGGAACACAGGAAGCCAGUCUUCCAGCUGACGACGUCGCGGUAGCCAACACCCAUCGUGGGAGGACCAGUGCGGAAAAUGGAGCAGAGGAACACAAUAGUGCCCCAACCUACAGGGACACUGUUGCCGCUCUCCACGCUCCCACGGUUCCUGUCACCACCGACAAACGAUUGAUGCGCCUUCUCGCUGUCCAUUGGAAUGCAUCUCCCUUUCGGCACAUUACCAUCUUCAAUGUAUCCGUUGUCUUUGAUUGGCAGGGCGUCGGUUCGUCCGACUUCAAUCAAGUCCAGACUGCCUACAACGCCUUCCAUCAGUUUGCCUCCGGUAUCUGGGGCGAGAUCACUUUCACGGAGUUUGACGAAAAAGCCAAGGAUUGGGCCCACCUGAAAAUCUACCUCGAUCCCAACUUCGGCAAUCCUUACAUCCUCAACAAACCUGGGAAGACUGGGUCCAAGACCUUCAAGACUCGCAUGCGGUUCGGGAUGGACACUGCCCCUCCCAUCCUCAUGCAAGAACUUUGCUCCGUCUUGUCCAGUGAGCCUUGGGUGGGCGUCUUCCCGACUCCAAUCCAGGUUUCCGACAUGGUCCGUCUUGGCUUCCUCCCGUUGCUACCACAAGAAUUGGCGAUUGGCCCGUACUGCAAAGACUUGAUGCGUCUCUGCGACUUCCAGUACCCAAUCGGCCUCAUGCAAGAAUGGGUCAACAAUCCACGGUUCUUCUCUGCCAAAUUCACUGGGUCUUCUUGA